CAAAAUAGAGAGAGAGACACGGCUUGGACUUCGAUGGUUGGAAAACAAACUCGAAACCCAUAACCUCAGACUAGUGUUCUCAAUGAACCCAAAGACUCACCUGUCCCUAUAGAUCCGAAACCUCGCAAACAAGAUUCUAUCUAUCAACUCUCUCUCUCUCUCUCUCUCUCUAUUCUAAUCUAAAUCUAAUCUGAUGACGACGAGGAAUAAUCCUCCAUUGCAAUAUCCUCUUGAUCUCGUCUUUCAUCGACCAUCUCUCUUUAUGAAUCCCUGUUAGUUGUUGAUGCCAAGCAUUUCUCGUUGGGGAAGAGAAUCAAACACUAUGGGCGGAACAAGCAGUCUCAGCCACAGCCCCCACCACCCACACAGCGGCAUCAAAGCCGACGAACAUCAGUAUGGGAAGAGCUUAGCGAGUUGGGAACAGAAACAAUUGCAUCCAACCCAACAACGCACAUUCUGGUGUUUAGGCCUUGGCACCUUCAGAACCCUCAUCACCUGGUUCCUCCUCAUUGUUUCCAUGCUCUACAUUCUCUAUUCUUCCAAUCUCCUCCUCGUCAAUGAACCCCGCGACUUGAAUUGCGUCUCCGCGACUUCCGUCCUCUCCACCGACGAACAUCUCUCUUCUUCUAAUCAAUUCCUCCACCAUACCAAUUCCACUUCCUCUUCUACCUCUCAUCUAGCAGAGGAAGAACAAUCCCCUCGUCAAUUCGAUACGGAGCUCAAACACAUUGUGUUUGGCAUUGCAGCGUCGUCCAAUCUGUGGGAAAAGAGGAAGGAAUAUAUCAAACAGUGGUGGAGGCCAAGGGUGACGAGAGGUGUGGUGUGGAUGGACAAGCCCGUCAAGACCGGCCGCAACGAAGGGUUGCCGGAGAUCCGGAUCUCCGGCAACACCUCCAAAUUCCCCUAUACGAACAGGCAGGGGAGCCGGUCUGCGCUGAGGAUAUCGAGGGUGGUUUCGGAGAUGGCGAGGCUUAAGAUGAAAGACGUGAGGUGGUUGGUGAUGGGUGACGAUGAUACGGUGUUCGUGGUGGAUAACGUGGUGAGGGUGCUCUCCAAGUACGAUCACCGACAGUUCUACUACGUGGGUAGCUCCUCAGAAAGCCAUAUCCAGAACAUCUUCUUCUCCUACGCCAUGGCUUACGGAGGGGGCGGUUUUGCCAUCAGCUAUCCCUUGGCAAAGGCUCUGGAGAAGAUGCAGGAUCGCUGCAUCCAAAGGUAUCCUGGCUUGUAUGGCAGUGACGACCGUAUACAAGCCUGUAUGGCCGAGCUGGGUGUGCCCCUCACCAGAGAAACCGGCUUCCAUCAGUAUGAUGUGUAUGGAGACCUCUUGGGUCUAUUAGCUGCCCAUCCUAUAACUCCAUUAGUAUCAUUGCACCACCUUGAUGUGGUGGAUCCUAUAUUUCCAGGCAAGAGCAGACCCAAAGCCAUCCAGCACCUCUUCAAUUCCAUCAGACUUGAUUCCGCCAGUAUAAUGCAACAAUCCAUCUGCUAUGACAAGAAGAGAGACUGGUCAAUCUCUGUCUCAUGGGGCUAUGUUGUUCAGAUCUUAAGGGGUGUCAUCUCACCCAGAGAACUUGAAAUGCCUACCAGGACAUUCCUCAAUUGGUACAAAAGAGCUGAUUACACUGCUUAUGCCUUCAACACUAGGCCUGUAACUAAGCAUCCAUGCCAAAAGCCUUUUAUUUUCUACAUGAAUGCUAUCAAAUACGACCGGGUUAAGAAGCAAACACUGGGGAUCUACUCUCGCCAUAAAGCUCCACAACCUUAUUGCAGGUGGAAAAUGGAUUCACCAGAGGCAAUUGAUAACAUUGUUGUCAUAAAGAGACCCGAUAAUCAGCGAUGGCAGAAGUCACCAAGGAGGGAUUGUUGUAGAGUUUUGUCAUCAAGUAAGAAAUCAACCAUGUACCUAUCUGUGGGCAAUUGUCAAGAUGGGGAGACUAGUGGAUUAUGACAAUGGGGAUUAAGUUGGUUUUGUUUCAUUUCUUUGUGAUCAAAAGGGAAUCUUAGUUCAGAACUCUAAUUGGACAUCCAGUAUUGUAGAGGAAAUGUGAUAAGCUCAUAUGCUAGAUUCCAAACCAAUCUCCCCCUCCCCUUUCCAGAUUUUUUUUUGAUUUUUUUCUGCCUAUUAGCAAGGCUGCAAGAAAUUUUAGAUAGGAAUCAAAACAUUCAUAUUAUGUCUUCAAAUGCUGUGUUUGUUGAUCC